GCAAGAGCAAUGAACCAAUGCAACGCCACAUACGUGACUUGACUCAAGUUGAGCACACUUUGUGAUGGAGGCAUGGAGCCAACCAGAUCACCACUAGUUUUGCUCGUGGCGCAAGCCGUACUCGCUGCGGCGAUGCUGCAACAACCAUCAGAAGGGAGGGUGCAGGCAGUGGCGCCAUCAGCGCCACAUCUCGCCGGAGGCAAAGAAGCUGAAGUAGCAGCCGCUACCUCCUCGCCGGCUUCACCAUUCACCGGCGACACGCCAUUAGUUUUGCUCGUGGCGUACGCCGUACUCGCGGAGGCGAUGCUGCAACCAUCAGAGACGAGGGUACAGGCGGCUACCUCCUCGCCUUCUUCACAGUUCACCGGUGACCCGCCACGGCCCUCCCUCCCGGGCUUGCCGCCUCUACCUGGCUUGCCCGCGUUACCGCCGUCGCCGGGCUUCCCGGGCAUGGCAGGCGCGCAGUCGUCUCCUUCGCCUUCGCAGCAGCCGGCCAAAACAUGCUUGGAGCCGCUGAUACUUGCGGAACCGUGCGUCAGUUACCUGACGAACUCCAGCGUGCCGGCGCCGCCGAGAACGUGCUGCGACGGCUUCAGGUCGCUCGUCGGCGGCGGCGACAGGAUUUGCCUGUGCCACGCCAUCAUGGGCGACCUGGGUACAUUUGCAGGCGGGACGAUAGACCAGCACGUCGCCGGAGCUUCUUCUGAUGUGCAUCGUUAACCCUGUCCCGCCGAUUCUGCCGGAAUGAACCAGUAGCGCGCGGGUGUCGGAGAAAUGCUGGGUGCUCCGGGCGGCAGCUGCUACAUGCUAUCCCUUGUUCUUUUCUUUUUUCUCCCAUUGUGCUACCUAUCUCUCGGCGCCACAUAGUCACUGUUGUACUAGUACUCCCUCUGUUCAAAAUAAAUGUUUUAAUUUUGUAGUAAUUUUAAUUAGUACAAAGUUGUAUUAAGAUUAAGACACUUAUUUUAGACAAGGGAGUAGUUGGUAGCACUGCUCACAGACGUGUGACUAUCUGUUCACAGGCCACACACUUACUCCGCACUGGGUGUAUCUUGUAACACAGUAGAUCUCCUUCAGUUCCAUAAUAUAAGAAUAUUUUCUACACUA